UAUAAAAGCCGCCUCCAGAACGAGGAGAAACUCCGCGGGAGGAGAGCACGUUGGCGCGGUGCUGCUCGCUGAGGUACCGGCAUGACAUCCGUCCUGGGCAGCGGCAGGGCGUCGGGAGGGCCGAGCGGGCAGCUGAGAUGCAAGUCCAAGAGGAGGAGGAGGAGGAGAUCAAAGAGGAAAGAAAAACUCAGCAUACUGUCAACCUUCAUAGCACCCUUCAAGUACCUGAGUCCUGGCCCAACCACCAUGGAGGAUGAAGACAAUUUAAGUACCAGCAGUGCAGAAGUAAAGGAAAAUCGAAACAUUGGCAACCUGGAGGAUCAUCCAAUAGCAUCUACUGAUAGGGCAAGAGGGGGAACAACUAGCAGUAAGAGGAAAAGACCCUUAGAGGAAGGCAAUAAUGGCCAUUUCUGCAAACUUCAGCUUAUCUGGAAGAAAGUUUCAUGGUCAGUGACACCAAAGAAUGCUCUGGUUCAGCUACAUGAACUCAAACCAGGAUUACAAUAUAAAAUGGUGUCCCAGACAGGUCCGGUGCAUGCUCCAGUCUUUGCCGUUGCUGUGGAAGUAAAUGGACUUACAUUUGAAGGCACAGGCCCCACAAAAAAGAAAGCCAAAAUGCGCGCCGCAGAGCUAGCUCUGAAGUCAUUCGUUCAGUUCCCCAACGCCUGCCAGGCCCACCUCGCCAUGGGAAACUGCAUCAGCCCAUCCACGGACUUCACUUCCGACCAGGCCGACUUCCCAGACACUCUGUUCAAGGAGUUCGAACCCUCCACACACAGCCAGGACUUCUCGGUCUACAACCCCGUCAACAACGAGCUGCUCUCCACCGCGUACCGGCGCGGGCGCCUGCUGUGCCACACGCUGGACCUGGUGGGCCCCGCCAAGCCGGGCAAGCACCGCGCGGCCAAGGCCGAGAGCGAGAAGAACCCGGUGGUGCUGCUCAACGAGCUGCGCUCCGGCCUGCGCUACGUCUGCCUCUCGGAGACCGUGGAGAAGCAGCACAUCAAGAGCUUUGUGAUGGCCGUGAGAGUCGACGGGAGAACGUUUGAAGGUUCAGGACGCAGCAAGAAGCUGGCCAAGGGGCAGGCGGCACAGGCGGCCCUGCAGGCCCUCUUUAACAUCCGUCUGCCCAGCCACAUUCCCAGCAGGAGUAAAUGUCACCAUUUGCCACAGGAUUUUGCUGACUCUGUAUACCAAAUGGUUGCACAGAAGUUCCAGGAGCUGACAGACAAUUUCACUUCCAUGCAUGCACGCCACAAAACUCUUGCAGGCAUUGUGAUGACCAAAGGUUUGGACAUCAGGCAAGCUCAGGUUAUUGUGCUGUCAUCGGGUACCAAAUGUAUAAAUGGGGAAUACAUAAAUGACCAAGGGCUUGCGGUCAACGACUGCCAUGCAGAAAUUGUGGCAAGAAGGGCAUUUGUUCACUUCCUCUACUCACAGCUGGAGCUGCACUUAAGCAAACGGCGAGAAGACUGGGAGCGAUCAAUCUUCGUGCGGUUAAAAGAGGGAGGCUUCAGGCUGCGGGAGAACAUCCUGUUCCACCUGUACGUCAGCACCUCACCCUGCGGAGACGCGCGCCUUAACUCCCCCUACGAAAUCACAACCGACUUGAACAGCAGCAAGCACAUAGUGAGGAAAUACCGGGGGCACCUGCGGACGAAGAUCGAGUCUGGCGAAGGGACCAUUCCCGUGCGGUGCCACAACGCGGCGCAGACGUGGGACGGGGUCCUGCUGGGAGAGCAGCUCAUCACCAUGUCCUGCACUGACAAAAUCGCCAGGUGGAACAUCCUUGGGCUCCAAGGCGCUCUGCUCAGCUCCUUCAUCGAACCCCUGUACCUGCACAGCAUCGUGGUGGGGAGCCUGUACCACACUGGCCACCUGUCCCGGGUGAUGAGCCACAGGAUAGAGGACGUUGGUCAGCUGCCAGCUUCCUACCGCCGCAACCAGCUGCUUCUCAGUGGGGUGAGCCACGCAGGCGCUCGGCAGCCCGGGAAGUCGCCGGGAUUCAGCGUGAACUGGGUCCUGGGGAGCGCGGAGCUGGAGGUGAUCAACGCCACCACGGGCAAGCGCAGCUGCGGGGGCCCCUCGCGCCUCUGCAAGCACAUGUUCUUCACUCGCUGGGCCAAGCUGCAUGGCAAGCUGAGCACACGAGUACCAAGCCAUGGAGAGAUGCCAUCAGUGUACAGCGAGGCAAAGCUGGUGGCUCACACGUACCAGUCUGUUAAGCAGCAGCUGUUUAAAGCAUUUCAGAAAGCUGGCCUGGGCACCUGGGUGAAGAAACCCCCAGAGCAAGAUCAGUUCCUACUAACUGUGUGAAUCACUCCACACCUUUUCUACACGACUGGAUCAAACCAACUGGAGAGAAGGCGAGGCAGGACGAAUGAGAGAAUUGAAGCAGUUUGAGAUUUAAUAGCAACCUCCAUGGGAAUAUUUUGCUUUUAAUCCUGUAUUGGAAAUACAUAAGUAGAAAUGUGUCUGAUGCACUGAACUCAACUUUAGAAAACUGCUUUUUCAUGAUCCCUUCCCAAGAAUGUACCUGCCCAAAUUAUAAUGCCACCCCCACCAAGAUUCUGCUUUUUAUUGUUUAUUGCUGUUGGUUAUUACUGAUUUGAGGUGUUAGUGGGCCACCUGUCUGAUCCAAAAUAGACUUUUGUUUUCCUCACACAAUCAGUGCAAAAGUCAUCACUGAAUAAUGGAAAAUAGUGAGCAGAGAUGGAAGCACCCCAGGCACACAGCAUGAAAGCAGGUCUCAGAGCAUCCAUAAUCAUCCACAAAAUAAGGUUCCUAACCUCUAUGCAAAAAUCAUCCUGUAAACUGCCUAAAUCUGUGACAAAAAAUUUGGACCUCAAAGAAAUGCAACAUUUUUAAACUGAUUUUUCAUUGCUGGCUCUCAGCACAAAGCCAGGCAUCAGGAUGCCCUUGGUUUUCACACUUAUUCCCCCUGACACCUUGGACAAACCACUUCACAACAAAUCUUCAACUCUAGGCACAAUUUGCAUGCUGCAAAUUUUACUUGUCUGGCCCAGUUAAUCUCACAUGCCUUUCAGAGACCAGCCAGGGUGCAGAUCCUUUUCUAGGGGACAAUCACCCCUGUGCUGCCUGCAGGGGGGCACAGCUCUGCAGGGGCUGCCAGGGAGGAGCAGUGUGUCCACGCUCCUGGCUCUGGAUCUUCAGGAAGCUGCCUAAAGUCAGGCAGGCUGCAGCAGGACCCAGAGCCUCAGAUCUCCAAUCUCCUGAUGACCCAGAGCUCUGAGUUAAGUGGGUGUGAGCUCAGGAUGCUCCAUGCAUCUGAGCAAUCACCAGGGUACCCACAAGUAAGACAUCCCCAAACAAGAGAGCACAUUUGCUGCUUGGCUCUUCCCUGCCUCAGUUUCUCCACUUGUCAAAUGGGGAUAACAAUAAAUGCUUCACAUCUAAGGAACUUGGCAGGAUCAAAAUGCUCUGGUCAUAUGCAACAGUUUAAGAAAGAUUUUGUCACUCUUGCAAUGAGUUUUACCUCUCCACAAAGUCCAAUUGACAUAAGCACAGCAGAGGCAACCACAGGUUUGGGUAAGGUCUUACUCAAUGCAUGAGCUUUCAGAUUCUAGCUCUGUGUAAAUGCCAAGUGUUAUUAUUACUCUUCAUGCUCAUCUGCAGCCUGAAAAGCAGAUGGAGUUUUUCACUUAGGAGACAAGUAUCACCCCACAUUUAAAUAUUUUCUUCAUAACUGGGCUGGGUCUGAUACAAUCUCAUCUUUGAACCAUCCCAAACCUCAUCAGAAUGCAGAAGAUACAGUCAUGGGAGAACUGAGCUUUGACAGUCCCACUGCAAAACUAACCUUCAAAUGCCCUGCACAUUUCUCUAAGUUCCUGGGUUUUUAGAUGACAGGAUUUGCGGGUAUAUAACUACUGUUUUCUUUUUAUUCCUGUGAUUGUCUUUAAAUCUGUAUAUAACAUGCUGCUACUGAUUUGUGAUAAUUGUCUUGGUAUUUUCUCAGAACUGUCAAGCUGAGUUACUUUUCAAACAACACAAGGCUCAUAUUUUUCCAUGUAAUUUCCUUUACACGGGAAACUGUUCCUAUCAAUAAAGAUAGAUGCUCUUUGUAUAGGGUUUAUCAUGUUUGGAGAGCCAUAUACAGUAAAUACAUUGUUUAUUGAUGCCCACAAUAGAAUAGCUACAGUAUUUUGAUGAGAUUUUAUUUUUAGAUUAUAAACUACAAGAUGUAUCUAUAGUGUCUUGUAUAAAAACAAUUGUGAUAAACUAGAAUUUUUAAAUUAGGUAAAACAAAGCUCUCCCCUUCCGGAAACCUUUUCAACAAAAUAAUACAUUCCAUAUUAACUACCAAAAAUAUUUUAAAAAAUAUCCUUAGAGUAGAAAUAGCUUAAAAAAAAAA